UCUGGCUUCAGCUCUGAGAUCAAACCCUUCACACCUGAUAGAGCUGGAUCUCAGAGGAAAUGAUCCUGGACAUUCAGGAGUGAAGGAGCUCGAUGAUUUACUACAGAGUCAGUACUACUCACUGAAGACACUGCGGUUGUUACAAAGUCCUGAUGCAGAAGAAGCCUGUAAAUAUCUGACUGAGUUUCUUCACAUUAAAAACCCAUUACUCAUGAGUGAGCUGAAUCUGAGUAAACGUGAACUAGAGGAAACACAAGUGAAUCAGAUCGCUGCUCUACUACAGGAUAAACACUGUAAACUCAGCACACUGAUGCUGUGUAAUUGUGGUCUAACAGAGAAAAGCUGUUCAGCUCUCGCUACAGUCCUGAGAUCAAACCCCAGUCUGAAAGAGCUUGACAUGAGCAACAAUAAUCUACAGGAUUCAGGAGUGAAGAAACUCCAGAAUGGAUUAGCGGAUACAAAAUGCACUUUGCAAAAACUCAGAGUUUCAGACUGCAGUAUCACUGAAGAAGGUUAUAAAGCUCUGGCUUCAGCUCUGAGAUCAAACCCUUCACACCUGAUAGAGCUGGAUCUCACAGGAAAUGAUCCUGGACAAUCAGGAGUGCAGGAGCUUGAUGAUUUACUACUGGAUCCAAACUGUCAGCUGAAGACGCUGAGGUUUUUGGGUCCUGCUGCAGAUGAAGCCUGUCAGUAUGUGACUAGAAUUGUGGGUAAAAACCCGUUACUCCUGAAAGAGGUGAAUCUGAAUGAACGUGAACUAGGAGACACACAAGUGAAACAGAUCACUGCUCUACUGCAGGAUAAACACUGUAAACUUAACACAUUGACACUGAAAAAUAACAACAUUACAGAAGAAGGUUGUGCUGCUCUGACUUCAGCAUUUAAUUCAAAUCCUUCCAACCUGAUAGAGCUGGAUCUGAGUGGAAAUAAACUUGGAAACUUAGGAAUACAGAAGAUCUGUCUUCUGUUGAAAAGCACAGAAUGCAAAUUAGAAAAACUAAAACUUUCAAACUGCAGUAUCACUGAAGAAGGUUAUAAAGCUCUGGCUUCAGCUCUGAGAUCAAACCCUUCACACCUGAUAGAGCUGGAUCUCACAGGAAAUGAUCCUGGACAAUCAGGGGUGAAGCAGCUCAAUGAUUUACUACAGGAUCCAAACUGUAAACUGAACACACUGAGGUUUUUAGAGCCUGCUGCAGAUGAAGCCUGUCAGUUUGUGUCUGGAAUUGUGGGUGAAAGCCCAUUACUCCUGAGAGAUCUUAAUCUAGAAAAACAGAACCUAGGAGACAAACAAGUGGGUCAGAUCUCUGCUGUACUGCGGGAUAAACACUGUAAACUCAACACAUUGACGCUGAAUAAUAACAGCAUUACAGCAGAAGGUUGUGCUGCUCUGACUUCAGCAUUUAAUUCAAAUCCUUCAAACCUGAUAGAGCUGGAUCUGAGUGGAAAUAAACUACAAAACACAGGAAUUGAGAAAAUCUGUCCUCUGUUGGAAAAUGCACAAUGCAGAUUAGAGAAACUGAAACUUGCAGAUUGUAGUAUUACUGAAGACGGAUAUAAAACUUUGACUUCAUCUCUAAAGUCAAACUCACACCUGACAGAGCUGGAUCUUAGAGGAAAUUAUCCUGGACAGUCAGGAGUGGAGGGGCUCACUGAUUUACUGCAGGGAGGAUACUGUAAAUUAAAGACCAUCAGUUUUUUGAAAAGCCCUACUGCACAGGAGGCAUGCGAGCACCUUACUAAAGUACUAGGUAAAAAUCCAUUAGUUCUGACAGAACUGGAUCUGAGUGAAGAUAAAUUAGGAGAUCUGGGUGGGAAGAAACUCUCUGCUCUUUUGAUGGACUCUCAUAGCAAAGUGGAAAAAAUGAAGCUGAAUAAUUGUAAGCAGACAGAGAAAAACUGUUUAGCUCUAGCUACUGUUCUCUCCUCCAAAACCAUCCUGAAAGAGAUGGACCUGAACAACAGUCGUCUGCUGGACUCAGGAGUCAGAAAGAUC